GCUCAGUCACGUAAACACCACUGGAGUGCGAGCAACAUGCUCUUGAUAAUCUGUCUUGGCCUUGGCUUAAUGGCUGCGCUGCUUAGCCUUGGCUUAAUGGUGGUGCUGCCCCUGCUUGGCUUGUUGUUGGUGCUGUUGGGCCUAUCGCUGCUGUUGCUCAGCCGCAAAUCGGCGCUCAUCUUUGGCAAAUAUCCAUGCAAGGGCAUCUUUUACAGGAUCAAGUAUGGCAUUGCGUUGCUUGUGCUGCGCCAGCUGCGCUAUCGCAUCUACCAACGCAACGAGGAGCAGCUCAGCUCGGCGGCGCAUCUGGCCACGCUGGAUCGCCCGCAGCCGCUGACCAAUGAUCCGAAAAGCUAUGAUGUGGUUAGCUUUAUGGCUGCCAAUGCAGCUGGCCAGAAGCUGAUGGUGUCGCUGGAGCGACGCAGACGCGGCGUGCUGAAGGCGGCCCUGUAUCUAUGGCUGCCCGAUGGUCAUUUGUACUCGCUGCCCAAGCUGCCGGACAUGGUGCACUUCACCAGCGAUGGCAACGAGGAGAGCACCGAAUUUCGUGGUGCUGGCUUCCAUAUCUAUCCGGAGGAAUCGAUGCGCGUCUGGCGCCUCGAAUAUGUGGGCCAGCUGCGACGCUCCAUGAUCAACGAACCGGCGACGAAUGAUGAGCAGCUGGUGGAAGUGCAGCUGGAUAUGAAAUUCACAAGCACGGCGGAGCAUUUCAACUACAAUCGCGAUCUUAGCUCAUCGUUGAUUGCCGACUCUAUAGCGCGCGAGGCCUGGAACGAUAGCUUCUAUGGCAUGCUCAAGAGCGUCGGUCACAUUGUGGAGAAGCGUACCCACUAUGAGCAGAAUGGCCAGCUUUCCGGCAGCAUUGUGCUCGGCCAGAGCCGGCUGCAGCUGGAACUGCGCGGAUUUCGGGAUCAUAGCUUUGGCACCGAGCGCUGCCUGAGCUCCAUCAAUCGCUAUGUCUACUUUGCCCUACUGCUGGACGAUGGCAGCAGCAUGGUCGUUGGCAAUCUUAGCCAGCCCUCGUUCUUUCUAUCCUCGCUCAAAGUGGGCUAUGUGUGCACGCCGCAAGGUGUCUAUCAGCCGAUCACCGCCAGCAAUUUUGAGCUGUACUCCUACGGGGAGAAGGGCACGCCGCCCCAGCAUCAGAAUUUCAUAGUGCAUACCGCGGAGCGCGCCUAUCUGAUCCAAAUACGUGUGGAACACAGCGCUGUACGCUAUGUGGGCGGCGACUGGGAGUCCAAGGUGUACAAUCAGUUUGUGGCCUGCACCGUUAAUGGGAUUAGCGGCCAGGGACAUGCCGAAUAUCUCUACAGGCACAACAUGGGCCGACCCGAGUCGGUCACCGCCCAGGAUCCGCAGUGGUAUCAGCGUAUUAAGUGCUUCGAGCGCAGUCUGAGCAACAUGGAGCUGGUCUGCGAUGAGGAUUUCAUAUUCUAGGACAUCCUAAAUUGGAUAUAUAUAUAUAUAUAUACAACUUGAUGCAUACCUAUGUGAUAAAUAAUGUUACUCUUUAACA